GUUUGAAUACUUUCUGCUACGGAUUAUGAGAGGGAUCGAGUGCGAUGCUUGCGGGCUCUUCUCCUUGGACGUCUUAUCUCUCAGAUAACCGGCUUUAGUAACACCGUCUGGAGGCGCCGCCCUCUGCUGGAGCAAGAGACUCGAGAUAGCCCUUGUUGUCACUGCAUUGACUGCAAUUCUUCGGAUUUUCGCUAACGCCUAAUUGACAUGAGGUCUCUACCAUUGGUUCAAUACCAAAGAACUAUAUGACUCGGCGAGUUAUUGUCUCUGUGCUUAGAUCAUCAUAGUAACACUUGUUGCGACUCCUUGCAUGCCCCUCAGGGACACCACACGUUCCUGGGUCUACAGAUCUGCUCCCCCUAGGCUUUGCUGCUCAUACACCAUUACCAAUCAUGUCUAAACAUCAGAAGCUUCAGGAUAGCUCUAUCUUAGGAGAGUCAUGGGUCGUCGCACCGUCGCCUCUUGUCAAAGAGCUUCCACUUGACAACAAAAACAAUAAUAAUAACCAAACUCCCCAUCAGACUCACACAACACCGCAUCCAAAACAGAGCCACCAUGACAGUCUGUCGGAAUCCAUCUCCACCUCGUGCUCUUCCAUAUCGGGACCCGAACUUAUCAUGCCAUCGAUAUACGAAGCUCCAAUCGCCGAAGGCUCCUGGAUCGCACCAAUUGCGUCUCCGCAGCGCGCGCUCCGACGCAGAAAUCCGUCUUCUUCAACUGCACCGAUCACAAACGCGGAGCAACAAUCUUCGACCAAGGCGCGAAAAGGCGCAACCCCGACCCCUACAGUCGCACAGCAUGGGGCUCUCAGCCGCCGGCCUCCCCCCAUCCUUCCCAGUCGCGGGUUCAUCCUACGUACGCUGCUGAACGUGCUUCUCCUUGUGGGUAUCUGCCACCUGCUCAUCCUGCCCGAACUCGUCCAGCAACACCAAUCACUCUGCGCCAUCCCAGUCCUCGCAACGCUCUACCCAGUCAGUUGCAUCCCUGUGUACCUCCAGCGGCCCAACGGCAGCACCAGCCAAAGCAACGGCCCCUUCUCCCACCAAUCCACUCUAGACCCCCUGCAAACCCUCCUCGACACCACCCUCCAAACCAUGACCCCGCACAGCACGACGCUCAAACACACCGAAUCCAAACUACGCGACAUCCACCAGCUCCUCAAGAAACAGUACCCAGGGAGCAAGCACGAGCUGGACCUGGAAUUCUCCGGCUGCCUGGAAGCCACUCGCACGGCCACCCGGCGCUUCGACUCGCUGCACGCGGACCUGCGAUCGGCAGUAGACAGCCUAAUCGCCGCACGGGGCAGUAGCGGCAACGACCGCGGCUCGGCGGCGGCGGCGACCACCAAACCCACCCACUUUCACACUUCACCGGACGCGCGUCUCUCCACCACGCAACUCACGCGCCGGGAACAAUACGUCGAUCAAUUGACGUCGCGCAUGCUGACCAAGGCGGACUCGCUGCUGGGAGAUUUCGCCACCCUCGACGAUCACUUGGAUUCCAUCGCCGAUGUCCUCAAGCGGGAGACCAAUCGACGGCCGCCGGCCCCUCAAGCAGUUAAUGAUGAUCGGCGGCAGCAGGAGCAGCAACACCUACCCCAUGGUCCAGGGUCCUCCCCGGCGGGGGGAAUCAAAGGCAUACUAGUCGGCGCGCUCUUCGGCACCGGGACUGGUGGUCCACGGUCGCCGCAACGAUCACACCAAAAUGACGAGCGAAGCAACGCCCACACCCAACCACUACCCAUCCUCUUCCACGACGCCGCGACCCGCCAUCAACCGGUUCUGGCUGUGAUCCAGAAGCUGUCGGACGAGUUACAGCAACUCCAGAACAAGAGGGGAGGGACGAUGACCUGACGUUCCAUCACUUUUGAUAGGGAUAAAGUACGGGUAUAAGAAGUAAGACACUCAUACGUCAUCCCACGAUCCAUAACUACCAGUCAACAGCUACAAUACUUGAUAUCACGAUCGACAUGAACAAACGGAAGAUAGGAAAACCCUGAUGCAUCUUUUCUUUCACUUUCUGUUUCUUUUCUUUUGUUUGUUUGUUUUUGCACGAAGUACACGCAAUCACGAUUACGGGGCAUGGAAUCCUUCGCAAAAUGCAUACUUUGUGAGUAAUGCACACAGUACUGUUUGUAACUACCUUAGUUUCUCUAGUCUAGGCUGGCUACCUGUGAAGCCGCGUGUGUCUCCAUCUUGACAGCAAGCUGUCUCAGGGAUUCUCCAUACUGACGCAGCUCGAGAGGUGUGGU